GUGCGACGUCAAGUCGUAGACGUACCUUCAUUUAUCGUUCGUUUGGACUCCCAGAAACACAUCGACUUCUCACUGAAAUCGCCCUUCGGUGGUGGCCGACCAGGACGAGUAAAGAGACGCAACAUGAAGAAAGCAGAAGGAGGUGAAGCAUCGGGAGAUGACGAGUGA